UGUAGGAGUUAGGACUGGUGAUCUGGACCGUAAAGAAUUAAUUAGUUUUAUUUUUUGCUUUUGUUAAAAGGAAAAAGAAAACCCAAGCCUCAGAGUUUGGCCUUCUUCCCCAAUCUUCUUGAUUCUUGAACGCCAAGUUCUCUCCUCUUUUAUUUCCCCCAAAUUACCAAGAACUGCCCUCGCCCUCGCUAGACGACGACCAGCUCCGCCGACUUCCAGACACGAGGGUAAGCGAGAUGGGGGCGUCGGAGACGAGGUUCGUCCAGGAGCUUGUCCUCUACGCCGCAAGUGCCGCGCUCAGCUGCCUUGUCCUCUUCGCCGGCCUCCGCCAGCUCGAUCCCAACCGCGCCGCGUCUAAGAAGGCCCUCGAGCAGAAGAAGGAGAUCGCCAAGCGCCUCGGCCGCCCCAUGAUCCAGACCAAUCAAUACGAGGAUGUAAUAGCCUGCGAUGUUAUAAAUCCUGACCAUAUUGAUGUGGAGUUCGAGUCUAUUGGAGGCCUGGAAAAUAUUAAGCAAGCUUUAUUUGAAUUGGUCAUACUUCCUCUACGACGACCUGAACUGUUUGCCCAUGGAAAGCUUCUUAGUCCACAGAAAGGAGUUUUGUUGUAUGGACCUCCAGGAACUGGAAAGACAAUGCUUGCAAAGGCUAUAGCCAAAGAGUCUGGAGCUGUUUUUAUCAAUGUGAGGAUCUCUAAUCUGAUGAGUAAAUGGUUUGGUGAUGCUCAGAAACUUGUGGCUGCUGUAUUCACUCUGGCUUAUAAGCUCCAGCCUGCUAUUGUUUUUGUUGAUGAAGUUGAUAGUUUCUUGGGACAGCGGCGCACAACAGAUCAUGAAGCUUUAACCAACAUGAAAACUGAGUUUAUGUCUUUGUGGGAUGGCUUCACCACAGACCAAAAUGCACGUGUGAUGGUUCUUGCUGCCACAAACCGCCCAUCAGAACUAGAUGAGGCGAUACUUAGGCGUUUCACCCAGGCCUUUGAAAUUGGUAUGCCUGAUCAAAGUGAGAGAGCAAAAAUAUUGAAGGUUAUCUUAAAGGGUGAAAGGAUUGAAGACGUGGAUUAUGAAUACAUUGCCAGCCUCUGUGAUGGUUUUACUGGUUCUGAUAUACUUGAAGUCUGCAAGCAAGCAGCCUACUUCCCUGUUAGGGACUUGUUAGAAGAUGAAAAGAAGGGAAAGCAACCAAAUAGACCAAGGGCAUUGACACAGUCAGACCUGGUGAAUGCAUUAUCUGCAUCUAGAAAGGCAAAACAAACAAGUGAAUACAGAUUCGGGCUGCAAUCUCUGCCAUGGUCUAGGCACAGAGAGCAGGAUGAUGAUCAGGUCCAGAAUGCCAUCUUGGAGAUUUCUAAGCUUGUAUCUCAUAUUGUCAACAGCCAAUCAGAAGCCCAGGACUCUUAGUCUGUUUUUAAACCAUUCUGAAGGUUUUUUAAACUGUGAUGCCUUGACCUUUCAGAAUCAUAACAUGUGGAUAUUGCACUCUCAGGAAUUGUAGUCUUGGAUACGAAGCAGCUGAUUCACCCACCUUUGGAGAUGGUCAACAUUCUCAUGGGUUGAGAAUUAUCAUGUUUUGAAGGUGUGCUGGUCAUAAAAAUUCCUACCCAAAUGCUAUAUUUAUUGUUCAUCUUGUUGGCUACUUCCAUGAUCAGUACCCUAAAAAUGGUUCACCAUUUUGUCUAUAGCUUGUUUAUAUUAGUUUAUAAAUAUACUGGCAACGUGGUUGUAAGAGAAGGGAUGACACUCGAAGAACAGCAGGAUUUAGGCAGGAGGGAAUUUAUUAAAAAAUUUCAAUUUUGUUUUGCAUAAUCUAUUUCCUUACUGUGUGUUUGGAGAAGGGUAGACACCUGUUCAUUUACAAAUUGGUGUUGUAUGAGAUGUGGACAUUUGCCUGUAGAGAUAUCAGUGCUCCAAAUUAAUUUGAUGCGCCUCGACCCAGCAUGCUAGUGAUUA